GUCCAAGUGAUCGGCUACAUCCAACUUGCUUGCAUGCAAUCCAUCCCUCUAAAACCUGCCUAAGCUUCACUGACAUCGCCAAAUAAUGCGGACGCAUUCCCAGGAAUAUUGAACACCAAAAUGACGUUGCAAAUGGACCGUCAAAGAUCAGUGAAAGGCAAGAAACGAGCAAGAGCUUCGUCCCCGAGCUCUUCUUCACUUUCUUCCAUACAUUCGGAAGCUCCUGUCAUCGCGCCUCCAUUGAAAAAACCUAAGAGAGCAGAGACAAGGCCCUGCCCGGCAUGUACAGAAUUGAUCCCUGUGCGUCUGCUUGCUGCUCAUGCGGCUCUUGAAUUGCAAAGGGUCGAAGACAUCAUUCGGCAUAUUGGUGAAUCAGAGGUCUUGGCAGAAGCUGAUGACUUAGAAGAAGGCCCGGGCAACCGCGCCCGACGCUCUGCACUGAAGGCUCGUAAAUCCCUUACGACCUCUAUCUCUUCCUCGUCCACGUCUCCUUCCGCCAUAGACAAGACUAUUCAAAUCAUUACGCGUCGACGAAAAGCACGACAUGUGCGGCUCAAAGAGCUUGCUAAAAAGCAUGAAGCAGAGUCCUGGAUUUCAGAAGUUGAGGGAGGGACGUCAUGUCCUGUGUGUGCACAGGUAGUCAGAGGCGACCGGGAUGUCAUUGAGGCACAUGUGGAUGCAUGUCUAACCCAUGAAAGUACUAGGUUGGAACGAGAACGGCUACAUGAUGAGGAAGAGGACCUCGAUAUAGGUGGUGGCGGAGGUAGCGUUAGGACAAGAGUGAUUAAUAGUGCAAGUCUACGAGGCACUGGUAUUCAUGUCCGAACAUCUAAUACACUGGACGUUGAGGAUGAAGUGGACAUAGAUGGCGAGGAUGAAGCAGUGUUCGGAGAAGCACAGUUUGGCGAGGCUGAUGUCCUGGCUUUGCCUUCAAGUGACAGGGAUUUGCACCCUGAGAAUGAAGAUGCCGACGUCGACAUAGACGGUCAACUAGGAACUGCCCAAGAACGACAGACGCUCAGACAUCUGAUAGUUGAGGGCAAGGUCUUGGUAAAGUGGACAGAUAGUAUAGAGAGCAAAGUUGUCCAACCGACCGAGAUGGACCAGCUCGACCUCGACAUCUUCACUGCGCGCUCGCGAAAUGACCCUAGCGCACUUAUUGUAGCUCUGGAGAACAAGCUCAAGACUCUGGAAUCUAAUGCCGGCUCAACAUCGUCGCCUAACUUGUGCCGUAUUUGUCUUUCACAGUAUAUCGAGCCAACAGUGUCCACAGGAUGUUGGCACACAUGUUGUCGUGAAUGUUGGCUUCGUUGUCUGGGAGCAACUAAGCUUUGCCCCAUGUGCCAACGAAUCACUAGCGCCGCUGAGCUGAGAAGGGUGUAUAUGUGAUGUUGCGUGUUCAAUCUUGCUUUCGAUACCUUAAAUAUAGCAUAUUGCAUUUGUAUUUUGCACGAUACACCAUCUUGUUAAUUCCUGCAAGUAAGCAUCGUGAUGAGCGUUCUAUUCUUCAGAACAGAGUCGCGCGCAAAAUAGUGCUCAUAUCUGGCCUAAUACCAUCGACAUGUGCCACAGAAUAAACCAGUUCAAGUUAAAAUGGUUACAAGCAGCGGAAAUUCAGGGCCCUCGCAUGGAGAGCCACCACGGAAUAUAAUCAUGGAA